AUGAAGUCCACCACUCUCAUCGCCGCAACCCUGGCCCUCUCCGCCGCCUCCGUCGCAGCCCAGUCCUCUUCCUCAGACGAAGGCCGUCUCUUCUACAGCUCCCCCAUCUCCCCCACCGUCUGGACAGCCGGCAAGAACGAAAUCGUCUCCUGGACCAACGCCUGCAAGCCCGGCAACAACGAAUCCCUCUCCAUCGUCCUUUACGUGAACUCUGGUCGUGGUUCCGACACUGAACAAGUCCGCGUCCCCGGUAUUCGUGCUUUGGGAACUCUUAACUGUCUGAAGUCCAAGACUGCGACGGUUUUUAUCCCUGAGAAUAUUGUUACGGGAACCACUUAUUCGAUUCAUGUGAACACUGUUCCUUUGCAGUCUUACUCGGCUCAGUUUACAAUCAACGGCGUUGCUCCUCCUCCUACUACUCCUUCGACUACUGGCGCCGUUGGUGAGGGUGAAGGUGUUGUUGGAACUGCCAGUGCUACUGCUGACGUUGUCGCUCCUACCGCCGCCGCCACCACUACGACCGCUGAUGUUGUUGCUCCUACCGUGACCGACUUGACUGCCGCCAAGAACGAGAACUCGGCCUCCAAGAUGGCCUUCUCUGCUGGCGUUGCCGUUAUUACCGCCGCCAUCGGUUCCUUCUUCCUCUGA